ACUAAUCUCUCUGUAUUGCUCUUGAUGGCUCUCCUCUUAAGCCUGUCUUGUGCGGAGGAUGAGAUGGCACCUCUAUCCUGCCCAGAGUACCAAGAGGGUUUUGACGGCUCCUGUUAUGAGUUUGUGGCUCUACCGCGUUCCUUCCUCAGUGGACAGGGCUGGUGUGAGCGGGGUGGUGGACACCUGGCCUUCAUUCUAAAUAUUGAUACACAGCAGUUCCUACAGAAGCACCUGCAGCCAGAGCAGGACUGGUGGCUGGGUUUAGCACCUGCCUCCCCGAACCUAACACUGGACUCUGCUGUUGCUGAAGGUCCUCUCUCCUGGCUUGAUGGCUCUGAUGUCAGCUACUCUAACUGGGUGAACGACCCUGAUCCAGGGGCUGGCUGUGGUCACAUACUGAGGAGCUCAGGGUUUCAGUGGGAGGCAACAAGCAACUGUAGCCAGGAGCUGCACUUCAUCUGCCAAUUUGUCCAGAAAAACAUCAUCCUUCAGAAGCCCAUCGGGGAGUUUGGCGUCAUUAAGUGCUAUAGCAUGAACCAAUCAACAGAUGGUGCAAACUGCAAGGCCCUGUACGGAAGCCCCCUUCAAAUCCAGGUAGAAGUAGAAGCUGGUACGAAUGUGACCUACAAACUCCACAGUGGUGAGAUGUUGGUGGCCAAUUCAUCAGCAGUCAGAGGAAUCGUCCCCCUCAACAUCACAGUGGGACCAGAGGUGGAACAACAGCUGGGCUCUGGCUGCCACCAGCUGACCCUGCAUGCCUCUAACGGGGUCUCGGUCUUGGGCGUGUCCACUGAGCUGCAGGUGUGUCUGCUGGAGCCUGUGGAGGGCCUCCUGGGAUCAGUGAUGGCUGAGGAGGGAGAGUGUCCAGACUCAGACCUCUAUGUUAGUGUCUACCUAGACCGGGGAGCCCCGGUGCAGCUUCUCUUCCAGGUGUCUGGAGCCAACGGCAGCAUCUCUGAGACCAGAGACAUGCAAAACAGAAGCAUGCAGGUUUACAAUAUCUCAACCACUAUCCAAGGAUUUUUGCAAGUGAAAGUCAGGGCAUGGAAUGUCUUCUCACACAUGGAUGUGGAUGUGGGGAACACAGCAGUUGUUUGUCACAACAGUUCAGACCUCAGGCAGAAUGGCUAUGCAAACACAACAGAAAAGCAUAUGAGAGUUCGCCGAGCCUAUACCUUGAAAAUUACUGCCAUUCCAGAAACUGCCAGUCAAGACACUGAAAGUGUCAAACUUGAGGGUGCCCUGCAAAACUGCUACAACAACACAGGGAAAAAGCCACUUACGGAAAGAAAAGAUCAAGAUGGUCAGAAAGAGUACAAAGUGAGCAAAAACUACCUGAAAGAAGCUUCAGAUAGGCUUCAGAAUCUCCAUGUGAUAGUUUAUGGUAAACAUCUGCGCUGCAGUUCUGUAAAUAAAGUAACGUUAAUCUUCCUACCUGUUGGGGAGAUAAGCAGCAACUACAUGCUGUCGGUAGAGGUGACUGUUACAGAAUUGAACACAAAGACACGUGGAAGUACCACAAUCAACACUGAGGUGCGGCCAGCCAAGUCCGGAACUCCAGUGCAGGAGCUCCAAUCUGCAGUGGCGUACACAGUGGCUAAUCUAGGGCAGCAGGGGAUGCUCUCUGGAGAGACCCUUGGACAGAUGUUCAAGUCUGUGUCGGACAUACUGAAUAAAGGCUCCAGUCAGGAAAAGAAUGACAGGAUGAAGCUGCGAGAACAGAUGCUGAUGAAUUUAACUGAAGCACUGGAGAACAGCUCCAGCAGCACUCCUCAGAAAGUGCAGCUGACGGCCAGAGCUGUGGCAGGACUCACCAAGAGGGGUGAUGAGCUUAGUCCCGAUGCUCAGCUUGAAGCUAGCUUCCUGGUGGCAAACCUCAGCUCUUCCCUCCUCUCCAUGAACGUCAGUGAGCAUGGUGGAGAAGAGGAGAUGGUGCAGGCAGCUACACCAAUUGUAGAGGCAGCCAGCAAUAUCCUGGAUGUUUCCUCAAAUGUGAGCACAUAUUUACCUUCACUUAGUCUAAUGACAGUAAUGAAGCAUCCUUACUUAACAGUUUGUCUUUCACAGAGAGAAGUCUCUGAUUUACUUCUCAAGGGCAUGGACAAUGUGCAGAGUGCACUGUUGAAUUGGAAGAAGGUUGAUGAAGCUCCUGUGAUUGUCAACAGCUCUCAGAUCACUGUGUUUGUGAACAGAGUGUCAACAGAAACUAUUCAGAUGCAGUCUAUAAGCAACCCAAUAAGCUCCUCUGCAAGCUUUUCCUUCCCUCCCCUGGGUGUUGAUGUCCUUUCUCCAGAUGAACCAGUGGACGUGCGAAUGCUAAGUUUCAAGAAGAACCCAUUUUCAUGGAGCGAGGAGAACAACAUUACCGGCACUGUGGGGUCUGUCUCCCUGACAAGAGGAAAUGGUUCUGUCAUCCCCAUAGAGAACCUAUCUGAGGAGAUUGAGAUCUUCUUGCCAAGGCCUGAAGGAGUGCAAGCAAACAGCACAAUACUGUACUUGGGAAACUACAGCACACUGAUGGUCGACGUCCCUUCACCUGAUGUAACACUGGUGCUGAAGAUAAAGCCAUCGAAGGACAUAACCUUUCAGCUGUUCCUGGGGUAUAAAGACGACCCAAACGAUAAACAAUACAUAGCCAAGACUCAGAUGCCUCACCAGAGCAACACGCAAGAGGAGAAAUACACCUGGGUCCUGGGACCCAAAGAUUUGACAGGAAAAGUUGGAGUGCAUUAUCUUGUUGUGAGGCCCAUUGUGGAAGCAGGGGUUAAAUCCGUCAAUGCCACUGUGACUGUCACCUCCAUUGCUGCUCAGUGCAAGUAUUGGAAUGAAACCUUAUCCACCUGGAGUGAAGAUGGCUGCAGGGUUGGUCCUUUAACCACGCUAUUGGCCACCCAGUGCUUAUGUACGCACUUGACCUUCUUCGGGAACUCUUUCUUCGUCAUGCCCAACCUCGUAGACGUGUCACGUACGGCUGAGCUCUUUGGCACCUUCACCCAAAAUCCUGUGGUGGUGUGCUUUAUUGGUUCCAUCUUUGUUGCUUACGUAUUGGUGGUCAUAUGGGCACGCAGGAAGGACAUCCAGGACACAGCCAAGGUGAAGGUGACAUUGUUGGAAGAUAAUGACCCAUUAGCUGAAUACCGUUACAUGCUGAAUAUCAGCACUGGGCAUCGGCGUGGUGCUUCCACCUCCUCUCAGGUUACUGUGACUCUGAUGGGCAUGCAGGGAGAGAGUGAGCCACACCACCUCACUGACCCUGACAAGCCUGUGUUUGAGAGGGGUGCAGUGGAUACGUUCCUGUUGACCACACCCUUCUCUCUGGGGGAGCUGCAGAGCAUCAGGCUGUGGCACGACAACUCAGGGGGGCACCCAGCCUGGUACAUAAACAAAGUUAUGGUGCAAGAUGUAGAGACAGGACAGAAGUGGCACUUCCUGUGUAACUCAUGGCUGACCAUAGAUAUGAGUGAGUGCACUCUGGAUAAAGUUUUCCCUGUAGCCACGGAGAUGGAUUUGAAGAAAUUCAGCAAUAUGUUCUUCAUGAGGACGGCAAAGGAUUUCCGUGAUGGCCACAUAUGGUUUUCUGUGAUCAGCCGGCCUCCAACGAGCACCUUCACAUGUGUCCAGCGAGUCUCCUGCUGUUUCUCUCUGCUGCUGUGCACCAUGCUGACCAGCAUCAUGUUCUGGGGCAUCCCCACCGACCCCUCUGAGCAGACCAUGGACCUGGGUCAUAUCGAGUUCACCUGGCAGCAGCUGAUGAUUGGAGUUCAGAGUUCAAUCAUAAUGUUUCCAAUUAAUCUCCUCAUUGUGAGUAUCUUCAGAAACACCCGCCCCCGAGAGACGAAGCCUGGAAAGCCCAAGGCAGAGGUGUCCAAGCAGGGGAAGACUGGCAGAGUGUCUCCCUCUCAGCCCUCCUCCCCACAGAGGGACAGAGAACUCACACCAGACACAGUCAUCAAGGACAUAAAGAAGAUUGCUCAGUCACUCUCCAAGGCUAUGAAGAGCCCCAUUCCACACCUGGAGUUAGAGAUGAAGUCUGGACCACAGACUGAUAUCAACACUCUGCUCUCUCUGGUGGAGGACAUCAUCCGGCAGCAGAACAGAGUCAGUGGAGAGUUCUACACUGAUGCCUCCAAGAAAGAGGGAUCGCUCAUUCUCUCACUAGGGGUAACCAAUCUGCAAGAGACCAGCAUGUGUGGGAGCCCUGAGAAGACUGGGGAUGGGAGACAGAAAAGGAGCACCAACAGCCAGUAUCUGUACAGGCAGCUACGCCAUGUAGAGAAGGAGCUGAGCCUACUGGGACCUUCUCGCUUCCCCAACCCAGACAGCUACUGCCAGGCAGUGCAGCAGGUCCAGGGCAUGAAGGGACUGCUAGAGUCUUCCAGCCUGGCAGGGGAUGAGCUGGCUCAAAGUCCGGGCCAAGCUGAGAGUAGUGAUGGGGACAGUGGCAGUAAAAAGUGCUGUCAAGACGGGCUGCCCUGGUGGUUUGUGUUUAUCGGCUGGAUACUGGUGGUAGCCACCAGCGGAGUAUCAGGAUACUUCACCAUGAUGUAUGGGCUGACCUAUGGGAAGGACCGCUCUAUAAGCUGGCUCAUCUCCAUGGUCGUUUCUUUCUUUCAGAGCCUCCUAAUCAUUCAGCCGCUGAAAGUGCUAGGUUUUGCAGCCUUCUUUGCUCUCGUUCUGAAGAAAGUUGAUCAGGAGGAGUAUGGGGAUCCAAAAAUUGAGGGGGCACUCAGAAACCCAGAUGACCCUGAUAUAGUCUGGGCUGUCAGGAGGGAUAGCACACGUAGCUUCUACCAGCCCCCGCCACCCACAGACGUCGAGAGGAUGAGGAACAACAUGAUCAAGGAGCAGAAGGUUUUCGCCCUCAUCAAAGAGAUUCUCACCUACAUGGGUUUCAUGUGGAUGUUGCUCCUUGUGGCGUAUGGUCAGCGGGACCCUAACGCUUACUUCCUGAUUCAGCACAUUCGGCAGAGCUUCAGCCAAGGGAUCUCAGACAGCAUGAGCCACGGAAAUGUGUUCACCUGGGCAAAUACCUCUCUUCUCAGCAACCUCUUCGGAGAGUGCCCAGGUUUCAUCACAGAUGGGAACUCCAAACUGGUUGGUAAUGCCCGUCUUCGCCAGGUGAGGGUGCAGAAGAAUUCCUGCCGAAUGGCCCGCUCCAUGCGUCAGGCUGUACCUGAUUGCCAUGCUCCAUACUCAUGGGAGGUGGAGGACAUGGGCUCCUAUGGGCCAGGCUGGAACCGCUCUGCGGGUGAAAACACCUCAAAGACCCUCCGCAGCCCCUGGCAGUACCAAACCCAGGCCCGACUCAGAGCUCAACCCAUCUGGGGCAGUGUGGUUCUCUACAGGGGAGGGGGGUUUGUGGUGGACCUGGGCCCUGACUCACAGAAUGCUAGCAGUACCCUUCAGUAUCUGUUUGACAACACCUGGCUUGAUAUGUUCACCCGAGCAGUCUUUGUAGAGUUCACAGUGUACAAUGCCAAUGUCAACCUCUUCUGCAUUGUCACACUCAUGCUGGAGACCACAGCUGUAGGAGCGUUCCAGUUUCGCAGUGAGCUGCAGAGUGUCCGACUAUACCAGUCCACCGGUGGACUCCACAUCUUUGUCAUGGCCUCUGAGGUCAUCUAUUUCCUCUUUAUCUUCUACUACAUGUAUGUUCAGGGAAAGCUGAUGAAGCAGCAGAAGUGGGCUUACUUCAAGACAAAGUGGAACCUGCUGGAGCUCGCCAUCAUCCUCCUGAGCUGGAGCGCACUGUCUGUCUUCAUUAAGAGGAGCCUGCUAGGGAACCGGGACAUGGAGUACUACCACAACCAUAAAGACCAGUUUGCCAGUUUCCAUGAGACAGCCACAGCAGAUGCAGUGCUGGGGUAUCUGAUUGCAUUCCUGGUGCUACUGGCUACAGUCAAACUGUGGCACCUGAUGAGGUUCAACCCCAAGCUACACAUGAUCACAGCCACACUGCAACGUGCCUGGACUGACAUAUCAGGCUUCAUACUGGUCAUCACCAUUAUGUUCCUGGCCUAUGCUAUGAUUUCUAAUCUGAUGUAUGGCUGGAAGCUGUACUCAUAUAGGACUCUCCUGGAUUCUGCUCUGACCAUGGUCAGCUUGCAACUGGGCAUCUUCAACUAUGACGAGGUUCUUGAUUACAACCCGGUGCUUGGAGCGUUCCUCAUUGGCUCCUGCAUUAUAUUCAUGACCUUUGUGGUUCUGAACCUGUUCAUCUCAGUCAUCCUGGUGGCGUUCACUCAAGAGCAAAUGCAUCACAAGCCCUCAGAGGAGGAGGAGAUAGUGGAUCUGAUGCUGAUGAAGUUCUGCAGCUUGUUCGGGAUCAAAUAUAAGAAAGAAGAAAGUAACAGUCCCAAGGUGAUUGCCAACCAUGCCUCUGUUACUAAGCAAGAACCCUCCACUAUAUCCUCAGAGAUGCUUAGUUCUCAGUAAAGAUCUGCCACUCUGUAUGAAUUGAUAUUGGAACUGCUUUCAUUUAUGUUGCUCAAUAGGAGUAUUAAAACAUGUUAUAUCAAGACUUUUGCACCACUUGUAUGGUUGCUUGUAGCUGUUUAAUCAAAUCAGCAUAUGUACCAUGUAACCAUAUGUACAUAUGUACAUGAAAUAAUAAUUCCUCUAUCUAACAGUUCUACUUUUUCAAUAUAUUUAGUUCCAAAAUAAAUAAACAAUAUAAAGGGUGUUGAACCAUAGCAACCUGUAUGCUUUCAUCAUUAUAAUGGGUUGCAUUAAGAUCAGAUAAAAGGCCUGAGAUGACUGUUGUGGGCUGCACAAUUCAUUCUGAUCACUUUCCCUAGGAUAAAGAACUACUACAGAAAUGGUUUAGUGCAGUUUCUGUUUUUACUUGUAAGAGUUGGGUGCAGACCUAAGUUCAAAUGCAUGUGUAUUUGAGUAUUUGUUAUAUAAAUACUUGUUUUCUUUGUAUUUGAGUAGUUUCAAAUACACAUCCUGUAUUUGAGUAUUUUCAAAUACACAGCCCAAAACAGGUACCUUUAUUUGGGUAUUUGAAUGGUUACAACUAAAUUGUAUUUUAAAGUAUUUUUCAAAUACUUGGGUUAAAUGCAUGAGAGUAUAUUUUUUAUUUCAAGUAAAGUUUA